AUGGCGGCAGGUGACCCAUCUGGAUGGCCAGCCCUGUUCUCCCUGGUUCUGGCUGUGGCAAUAUGCUUUGUCAGUGCCAACAUAUUUGUAGAUGAAGAACGGAAUCGGUUGAUAGUGGGAGAGAAGUACAUGCGCUUCGGGUCACUAGUGGUAUUGACCAAACAAGAGAAGAAGGCUAAUCGGAACCUCAUGGCCAUCAAAAAAGCUGAGAUCAAGGAAGCCAUGGAGACCCAUCAGUUCCCACCCAGCAUGCACUUCUUCCAGGCCAAGCGUCUCAUUGAGGACAGCGAGGUGUUUCGGAUCCUAAGGAAGAUGCCGAAAGGGGCUGCUUUACACAUCCAUGAAUUCAGCAUGGCCAGUGUAGAAUGGCUGGUGAAAAAUGUUACCUACAGGCCGCACUGCUAUUUCUGUAUCACUCCAAAGGGGCUCUUUCAAUUCAAGUUUGCUGACCCAGCUCCCCAAAAGCUCAGGUCACGAGAAUGCACAGAGUGGGUUUCCCUGGAGGAUCAUCGAAAGAAGUCAAAUGCCUCUGUGUUUGACAAGAGAUUGCUAAGCAUGUUCUCCAUGGUGACCAAGAACCCCCACAGUAUCUACCCCAACCAAGAUGCUGUCCGGACGGAGUUUCAAAACAUCCUCUUCUCCAUGUCCGGUCUUGUCACUCACGCACCGGUGUUCAAAGACUACAUCUUCCAGGGCCUGAAGGAAUUCCACCAGGACAACGUGUUUUUCUUGGAGAUCAGAACCAGGCUGUCCCCG